GUGUUGUGACUUCCGGAAUAACCGCCGAUUGAUGGCCAAUUGAAGGCACACCAUGUCGCCUGUAUCCCGAUCUCGCCCUAAUGACGACACUCUGGGCUCUCUGAAACGACGACGUUUCUCAGAGAGCCCACCGUCGGCCUUGCAGACUAGCCGACCACCUCGGGGAGGCGGUUUCGGCUCUCUCCUCAGCGGGCCUGAGGGGCCCCAGCCUCCGCGGGGUGCUCAGGGCGUCCGGCCACUGCAUCUCCUCAGCCGCCCCAGGUCUGGAGAACGACCGCUACCGCUGGGGAUCCGUACGCUUGCCUCCUCGUCCUCUCCCAUCUGUGGUGGGUACCGUUACCACAACUAUGCGGGAGAUCGUUCGUGGGCUGAGGACCAGGAGAAGGAAAAGGAAGAGAGCUAUAGGCAAAGGAGGCUGAAGGAAAGAGAGAGGAUUGGAGAGCUGGGAGCGCCUGAGGUAUGGGGACUGUCACCCAAGAUUCCUGAGCCGGAUUCUGAUGAACAUACACCAGCUGAAGAUGAGGUGAAAAAUCAGAAGAGCUGCAGUUCAGAUUUUACCAAUGAAGAAAAAAGGACAAAGACCAGUCAUUCAACAAAGAAAAAAAGAAAGAAAAAGCCUUCCAAAAGGAAGCAUAGAAAAUAUUAUGACAGCAAUUCAGACUUUGACAUUCAUUCUAGCUCUGAUAGUGAUAAAAAGAAAGUUAAAACCAAGAAGAAAGAGAAGAAAAAGAAACAUCGGGCAAAACAACUCAAGAAGAAGAGGAGGACUAAAAAAGAAUACAAUGACAUAAGCUGUAAAGCUUCAGAAAGGGACUUGCCAGAAGAUGCGUGGAUGGAACAGUCAAUGAGUGCAGAGAGCAUGGAUUUAAUAGGCCCAGAAGCACCUGUAAUACACACCUCUCAAGAUGAGAAACCUUUGAAUUAUGGCCAUGCUCUGCUUCCAGGUGAAGGUGCAGCAAUGGCUGAAUAUGUAAAAGCUGGGAAGCGUAUACCACGACGAGGUGAAAUUGGGUUGACGAGUGAAGAGAUUGCCUCAUUUGAAUGUUCAGGUUAUGUCAUGAGUGGUAGCAGGCAUCGCCGAAUGGAGGCUGUAAGACUGCGUAAAGAGAACCAGAUUUACAGUGCUGAUGAGAAGCGAGCCCUUGCAUCCUUUAACCAAGAAGAGAGGCGGAAGAGAGAGAAUAAGAUCCUAGCCAGCUUUCGAGAAAUGGUAUACAGAAAGACAAAAGGGAAAGAUGACAAGUGACAACCUGUUUGUUUCACUGUGGGACCUUUAACAACAAAGGCUUUGUAUGACCAAAGUAAUAGUAAAUGGUUUUACCAUUUACCAGUGCUAUUGUUAGUAGAAAGCACUUUUUGAGAUGUCAUUAGAAAUUUUUACAAACAUUGCAGGAGAAUGACUAAAAAGGUGACUGUCACUUCAGUUCCUGAUUUACCUCCC